AUGUGUGUUUUAAUUGAGUGUUUUCUUUACUCAACAGAGGCUACUGAAUUGUGGAGAUUUUUUGGCCACGUGUUCAUUGCGCGUGGAAAAAUUGACUUGAAAAAUGAGAAGACGAAGGGAUAUGGUGGAGGGCCUAAUGCCAGAGAAAUUUGGCGGUGGAGAAAUCGGCUGUGGAGAUGUAGAGGAGAAAUUUGGCGCGUUGGUGCCGGAGAAUUAGGCCUUCCCGACGAAUUUGAGGGAUUUCGAAAAAUCUCACUGUUGGUCUCUACAGCCUCCUCAAAUUAUUUCAAUCUUUUUUAUGAUGAGGAUGAUCAUAGCAGGAAUCAGCUCGGGCACGGCCAGGAUUCAGACCAGGGCGCUCACGAGGAAAUCCAAGCAGGAGAGUGGUUUAAGAAGGAGUUUAGCUACAACAAAAUCCUCAAGGACCUGAGGAAUGAAACUGGCUGCAAUGGCAUUGUUGUUCAGGCCCCUCAGCUAGGCCAGUUGAGGUAUUCAUGCUUUGUGAUUUCGGUAAUCGUUCUGAUUAUAUUCCUCACUUCCAGCCAUAGCCGCGCCCCUGCCUCCGGCGCCAGUAAUGUUUGUUCUAUCCGAACUGUUGUGUGGCUGGUGCCGGCUAAGCCGAAUGAUUUGGUGAAGACAUCACUCCACGGGUUUCUACUGCUGAAUUGCACUGAAGAAAGGGUUGUUGCUAGAAUUCCGGAAAGACCCGAAGAGGUUGCUGGUAGCUGUUGUCGAGAAACCAGAUUGCAAAAAGAUUUGGAUAGUUACAGAUCAUGUAACUUCUUAUGUUUGCAUUUUAAGCACUCUCAAGUUUUGGUAUGUGCUUUCUGUCUUUUGGAAACAUGA